CGCACGCCGCGAGCAUAAAGCCCCUCGCGCACCCACAAGCCCUUGUCGUUUCCAUCGUUCCAAAUUCAACGCCGCCCCUACGUCGACGACGCGGCACCGGCACCUCCCGGGCCCGUGAGCCAUCAAUUCCCUCCAUUCCUACCCCCCAAAUUCUUGCUUCGCCGAUCGAGGGGGACGCGCAUUGCCCGGCAUUCGCCUCCGGUUCCGCGGAGGCCUCGCCUGAUCAGCUCACGGCGGCGCCCGCGGAGCGAGGGUGGAGGGGGAGCGGGCCCAUGACGUGCGCGCGCGCCGAGGACGCCGUCUCGCCCGCCGACGACGACGUGGCGGCCGCCCCGGUAGGCGGCUUGAUCCAGAAGGCGGGUGGCGGCGGCCGGAGAUCGGGCGGCCCGGGUCGCGCGCUGCAGCGCUCGGCGCAUCUGGCAACGGGGGACUGCGACUCGCCGGCGCCGGCGGCUAGCUGCUCCGGGGAUGGUAUAGGUAAGAGCAAUGGUAGUGGGAAGAGAGAAGAUAGCCACAGGAUGCGGCAGUACAGGUCGCAGCUUGAGCAGGAAGUCAAGAAAUUGCAGAGGCAGCUGGAAGAAGAGGUUGAUCUGCAUGUGGCGUUGGCGGAUGCUGUUACAAAAAAUGCUGCGCCUGUAUUGAAGUCCUCUGUGAAGCUUCCACACAAGGCACAGGAGCUACUAAUUAGCAUCGCCUCCUUGGAGAGUACCGUUUCAAAGCUCGAGAAAGAGUUAAAUGAUCUAUACUACCAACUUUGUCAUGAAAGGAAUGAACGGCUACUUGCUGAAAAUAAUAAAGGAUGCUUGCCAUCUACAUCCUCAGAUGACCACCAGUCACUGUCAACUUGCACGUGUACGUGGGAAGAACACAUAUCAUCGUUGAGAGAUUUGAAGUUUGGAGGAUCUGAGUCAAUGAGGUCAACGCGUCAGGACUUAUUCCCUGAGCCUGAAGAUGGCCAGUAUGUGGGAGAAGAUCCUGAAGGUCAACAGAUAGUUUCUUUAAACAGACUGUUGGAAAAGCACCGAGAUUCUUCCUUGAAUAGACUUCUUGAAAAGCACCGGGAUGAAGAGAUGCAAGAAUCAUGCUCCAUGGAAAAAGAAGUCUUGGAAGAUGAGAAGCUUGACAUUUUAUCCUUUGAACAGUCCAUUCUGAAGAUAACUAGCAUGAAAGGAGGAAAUCUUUGGAACAAUCCAAAUGAGCUCUCUGAGGAGAUGGUCCGCUGCAUGAGAAACAUUUUCCUACGUUUGUCUGAAUCCUCGAAGAUAUCGCCAAAGGUGUCUUCUGAUUGUUCAUCUUCCUCAGCAGAGCGUCUAUCAGGUUCUACACUAGCAUCUUUCUCGGAUUCAUCCAUAAUUCCCUCAAUGCUACGGAGUCCUUCAGAUGAUUCGAACCACAAUGACGAGACAAUGAAGGAGGUCAGAAACUUCGAUCCGUAUAAAGUUAAUGGAAAGGAAACCCGAAGGGAUAUUGGAAACUAUCGUUCAGCAGCUGAAGUAUCUUGGAUGUCUGUUGGAAAGGAUCAACUUGAAUAUGCAUCUGAAGCUCUGAAGAAGUUCAGAUUUCUCGUGGAACAGUUGUCAAAGGUUAACCCUAGUUCUAUGGAUCGUGAUCAGCGGCUAGCCUUUUGGAUUAACUUAUACAAUGCUUUGAUAAUGCAUGCGUAUUUAGCAUAUGGAGUUCCUCGAAAUGACAUCAAGCUUUUUUCUCUCAUGCAAAAGGCCUGUUACACGGUUGGUGGCCAAUCCAUCAGUGCAGCAGAAAUAGAGUUUGUGAUUCUAAAGAUGAAGACUCCAGUGCAUCGGCCCCAACUUUCUUUGAUGUUGGCUCUGAAUAAGUUCAAGGUUACUGAGGAUCACAAGAAGUACUCAAUCGAUGAAUUUGAACCCCUUGUGUUGUUUGGACUUAGCUGUGGAAUGUUCUCUUCUCCUGCUGUGCGGAUUUUCUCUGCUGCAAAUGUCAGACAGGAGCUCCAGGAAUCUUUGAGAGACUAUAUUCAGGCGACUGUUGGUACAAAUGACCGAGGGAAACUGCUGAUCCCAAAGUUAGUGCAGAACUAUGCUAAGGGAGCUGUUGAAGACUCUCUGCUUGCAGACUGGAUCUGCCAUCACCUCGCACCUGAUCAAGCGGCGGUCAUCCGAGAUUCUUCUUCACAGAGGAAGCAGCGGCUUCUUGGAGUGCGAAGUUUCACUGUUCUCGCAUUCGACUCGAAGUUUCGGUACCUUUUCUUGCCUGACAGCAUUGGCUCCCGGAAGCCAGAAGCAAAACAAUCUUACAAACUUCCUGAGCCGUGUUCAGAAUAGGUAAUAAAGCUCAGUUGGUAUAUUUGGACCAUUAAAAACCAUUCUUUUUGCACAGUGGAACAUCAGAUUGGUGGUUGUAUAUGAUGUAAAUUUUGAGGAAGUAAGGUAAAUCAUGCAACAAGCUCAUAAGAUGCGGCGUGUUUGCGAAAUAAGGUUCUCUCUGCAGAGUUCGUGACAGUUUGGGGUUGUAUUGGGUUUUGUUGUGUUCAGUUGUCUUUCAUACUGAAGAUAACAUGUCUUUUUGUUGUUUAUUUUUCUUUUAUCCUUUUGUAAAGCUCCUUGUCUUGGUCAAUUGAGCUGUAACUUUUGCAGAAAUAAAGGUGGGCAUAGAGUUCUUUCUAA